AUGGCCUCCCUGCUGCGCACGCUCUCCCUGACGGCAGGGCUUCUGCGCUCUGCUCCGGCGACGGCCAGCGUCGUCAAGGGUAGCCUUGCGACAGCGAGCCCAAUCUCCGCCUGGAUGGGCUGGAUGGCGAGGCCUGCGGUUGGCGGGGCGCUGCAGCAGACGAGGGGGAUGAAGGUGCACAGCUCGGUGAAGAAGAGGUGUGAGCACUGCAAGGUUGUCCGACGAAAGGCUGGAAAGCGACACAACGGGUACUUGUACAUCAUCUGCAAGGCGAAUCCUCGACACAAGCAGCGACAGAGCUAGAGGCAUUGGUUGAUUUCAAUCUUCCUUUUACCUCUUUCUUUUCGAACUAUUCUCAUGAACGAUGACGAUUCUCCCGGGCGAAGCGGACAUUUUGUAUAAUUACUGGCGCAUAAAAGGCGACGAACAAAUCAGGACGAAAGAAAAAAACUACAAACGGACCUGUGGCGAAAGCAUUUGGUAGACGACAUUACGGCAAUGACUCCUGAAGAGAGGAGGCUGGGCUCGGAGGAGGACAUCUGAUCCGAAGCUUUGCGCCGCGAACAAGGCUCACUGAGAUGGAGGGGGCUUCAACGGUUGACGGUUCGGAAAAUGCCGUCAUGAAAU